ACUGGAUCCAUCACUUCACUUCACAAGGUUGGGUGUAAAAGCAAGGAUUCAGAUUUGGAUUGAAAACAACUCAGGUUGAAUCAUGGGAGAUGCUGUCAUGGCAGAGUUUGGACCUGCUGCUCCUUUUUUAAGGAAAUCAGACAAGGAGCGCCUGGAGGCCCAGACUCGUCCAUUUGACAUGAAGAAAGAAUGUUUUGUGCCUGACCCUGAAGUUGAGUACGUGAAAGCAUCUGUAACCAGUCGUGAUGGUGACAAAGUCACUGCUGAGACUGAAUUUGGAAAGACCGUCACUGUGAAGGAGUGUGAUGUACACCCUCAGAACCCACCCAAGUUUGAUAAAAUUGAAGACAUGGCGAUGUUCACAUUCCUCCAUGAGCCAGCUGUGCUGUUUAACCUCAAAGAGCGCUACGCAGCAUGGAUGAUCUACACCUACUCCGGGCUGUUCUGUGUGACUGUCAACCCCUACAAGUGGCUGCCAGUCUACAACCAAGAGGUGGUUGUUGCCUACAGAGGAAAGAAGAGGAGUGAAGCUCCUCCUCACAUCUUCUCCAUCUCUGAUAAUGCCUACCAGUACAUGCUGGCAGACAGGGAAAACCAGUCAAUCCUUAUCACCGGAGAAUCUGGAGCUGGAAAGACUGUCAACACCAAGCGUGUCAUUCAGUACUUUGCCAGCAUUGCUGCUGUCCCCAGUGGAGGGAAGAAAGAUGCUGCUGCUGAGAAGAAGGGCACCCUGGAGGAUCAAAUCAUUCAGGCUAACCCUGCUCUGGAGGCCUUUGGUAAUGCCAAGACCAUCAGGAAUGACAACUCCUCCAGAUUUGGUAAAUUCAUCCGAAUUCACUUUGACAACAGAGGAAAGCUGGCCUCUGCUGACAUCGAGACUUAUCUUCUGGAAAAAUCACGUGUGACCUACCAGCUCAAAGCUGAGAGGGACUACCACAUUUUCUACCAGAUCUUGUCUCAAGUAAAGCCUGAACUACUGGAGAUGCUGCUCAUCACCAACAACCCCUACGACUACGCCUUCAUCUCCCAAGGAGAGACAACAGUAGCCUCCAUUAAUGACUCUGAAGAACUGAUGGCCACUGAUGAUGCCUUUGAUGUGCUGGGCUUCAUUCAAGAAGAGAAGAACAGUAUUUACAAAAUGACUGGUGCCAUUAUGCACUUUGGUAACAUGAAGUUUAAGCAGAAGCAGCGAGAGGAGCAGGCAGAGGCUGAUGGAACUGAAGAUGCUGACAAAGUUGCUUAUCUGAUGGGCCUGAACUCUGCCGACCUCAUCAAAGGUCUCUGUCACCCAAGAGUCAAAGUAGGAAAUGAAUGGGUCACCAAGGGACAAAAUGUUGCCCAGGUGUACUAUGCUGUUGGUGCACUGUCUAAGGCAGUGUAUGAGAAGAUGUUUCUGUGGAUGGUGGUGAGGAUCAAUCAGUCCCUGGACACCAAGCAGCCACGCCAGUACUUCAUUGGUGUGCUGGACAUUGCUGGAUUUGAGAUCUUUGAUUUCAACACGUUUGAGCAGCUGUGCAUCAACUUCACCAAUGAAAAACUGCAACAGUUUUUCAACCACCACAUGUUUGUACUGGAGCAGGAAGAGUACAAGAAAGAGGGAAUUGAAUGGGAAUUUAUUGAUUUUGGGAUGGAUCUGCAGGCCUGUAUUGACCUGAUUGAAAAGCCCAUGGGUAUCAUGUCCAUCCUUGAAGAGGAGUGCAUGUUUCCCAAAGCCACUGACACCACAUUUAAAGCUAAGCUUUAUGACAACCACCUGGGAAAAUCAAACAACUUCCAGAAGCCUAGAGUCAUUAAAGGAAAACCAGAAGCCCAUUUCUCCCUGGUUCACUAUGCUGGAACUGUUGAUUAUAAUAUCAACAACUGGCUGGUGAAGAACAAAGAUCCUCUGAAUGAGACGGUUGUUGGACUUUUUCAGAAGUCAACUGUUAAGCUUUUAUCUUUGCUCUUCGCUGGCUAUGCAGGAUCUGAAUCAGGUCAGGAUUCUGGUGGAAAGAAAGGUGGUACCAAAAAGAAAGGCUCUUCUUUCCAAACUGUAUCUGCCCUGCACAGGGAAAACCUGAACAAGCUGAUGACCAACUUGAGGUCAACCCACCCUCACUUUGUGCGCUGCAUCAUCCCCAACGAGACCAAGACUCCUGGGGCCAUGGAGAACCCUCUGGUGAUGCACCAGCUGCGCUGUAACGGUGUGCUGGAAGGCAUCAGGAUCUGCAGGAAGGGAUUCCCCAACAGGAUCCUCUAUGGAGAUUUCAAGCAGAGAUAUCGUAUUCUGAAUCCAAAUGCCAUUCCUGAGGGUCAGUUCAUUGACAACAAAAAGGCUGCUGAAAAGUUGUUGGGUUCAUUGGAUAUAGACCAUAACCAGUACAAACUAGGACACACUAAGGUGUUCUUCAAGGCUGGACUUCUGGGUCAACUCGAAGAGAUGAGAGAUGAUCGAUUAGCACUAAUCAUCACUGGCAUCCAAGCUCGCUCAAGAGGUCUUUUGGCGAGAGUUGAAUUUCAGAAGAUUGUUGAACGCAGAGAUGCACUACUAGUGAUCCAGUGGAACAUCCGUGCCUUCAUGGGAGUCAAGAAUUGGCCCUGGAUGAAGAUGUACUUUAAAAUCAAACCACUGCUGAAAUCAGCAGAGACAGAGAAGGAAAUGGCCAACAUGAAAGAAGAGUUUACCAAACUGAAGGAAGCCUACGCAAAAUCUGAGGCUCGUAGAAAAGAACUAGAGGAAAAAAUGGUCUCUCUCCUUCAAGAGAAGAAUGACCUGCAGCUCCAAGUCCAGACUGAGCAAGAUAAUCUUUCGGAUGCUGAAGAACGAUGUGAGGGGUUGAUAAAGAGCAAAAUUCAGAUAGAAGCAAAAAUCAAAGAGCUUACAGAACGUCUGGAAGACGAGGAGGAAAUGAACGCUGAGUUAACUGGCAAAAAGAGGAAGUUGGAGGAUGAGUGUUCUGAGUUAAAGAAGGACAUUGAUGACUUAGAGCUAACUCUGGCAAAAGUGGAGAAAGAAAAGCAUGCUACUGAGAACAAGGUAAAAAAUCUGACAGAGGAGAUGGCUGCUUUGGAUGAAAUCAUUGCCAAGCUGACCAAGGAAAAGAAAGCCUUACAGGAAGCUCAUCAACAAACACUGGACGACCUGCAGAGUGAGGAAGACAAAGUCAACACUCUGACCAAGGCCAAAGCAAAGCUGGAGCAGCAAGUGGAUGAUCUUGAAGGCUCAUUGGAGCAAGAGAAGAAAAUACGUAUGGACCUAGAGAGAGCAAAACGGAAGCUUGAAGGAGACCUAAAACUGGCUCAAGAAAGUGUCAUGGACCUGGAAAAUGACAAACAGCAACUCGAAGAGAGGCUGAAAAAGAAAGACUUUGAAAUCAGUCAACUCAAUGGCAAAAUAGAGGAUGAACAAACUAUAAGUGCUCAACUCCAGAAAAAACUCAAGGAGCUGCAGGCACGCAUUGAAGAACUGGAGGAAGAGCUCGAAGCAGAGCGAGCUGCUCGAGCCAAGGUGGAGAAGCAGAGAGCAGACUUGGCCCGAGAGCUGGAGGAGAUCAGUGAGAGGCUGGAGGAGGCUGGAGGAGCCACAGCCGCACAGAUCGAGAUGAACAAGAAGAGGGAGGCAGAGCUCCAGAAACUACGUAGAGACCUCGAAGAGGCCACUCUGCAUCAUGAAGCUACUACCGCUACACUCAGGAAGAAACAAGCUGACACUGUUGCUGACCUGGGAGAGCAGAUCGACAACCUGCAGAGGGUCAAGCAGAAACUGGAGAAGGAGAAGAGUGAGUUCAAAUUAGAGCUCGAUGAUGUGGUCUCCAAUAUGGAACAAAUUGUCAAGGCUAAGAACAAUUUGGAGAAAAUGUGUAGGUCUCUGGAGGACCAGCUGAAUGAAUACAAAACAAAAGCAGAUGAGGGACAACGCACCAUCAAUGACUUCACCAUGCAGAAAGCAAAGCUUCAAACUGAAAAUGGUGAACUUACAAGAAUGCUGGAGGAAAAGGAUUCCCUGGUGUCUCAACUCACCAGAGGAAAACAGUCCUAUACCCAACAAGUUGAAGAUCUCAAAAGACAACUAGAGGAGGAAAUUAAGGCCAAGAAUGCAUUAGCCCACGCUGUGCAGUCUGCUCGCCACGACUGUGAUCUCCUCAGAGAGCAGUAUGAGGAGGAGCAGGAGGCCAAGGCUGAACUGCAGCGAGGCAUGUCCAAGGCCAACUCUGAGGUGGCUCAGUGGAGAACCAAGUAUGAAACUGAUGCCAUACAAAGGACCGAGGAACUAGAAGAAGCAAAAAAGAAGCUGGCUCAGCGUCUGCAGGAGGCUGAGGAGGCUGUUGAAGCUGUGAAUGCUAAAUGUUCCUCUCUGGAGAAGACCAAACACAGGCUGCAAAAUGAGAUUGAAGAUCUCAUGGUGGAUGUGGAGAGGUCUAAUGCAGCUGCUGCUGCUCUGGACAAGAAGCAAAGAAACUUUGACAAGGUCCUGUCAGAGUGGAAACAGAAGUACGAAGAGUCUCAAUCAGAGUUGGAGAGCUCGCAGAAGGAAGCCCGGUCUCUGAGCACUGAGCUCUUCAAACUUAAAAACUCCUACGAAGAGUCUCUUGAGCAUUUGGAGACCAUGAAGAGGGAGAACAAAAACUUACAAGAGGAAAUUGCUGACUUGACUGAACAAAUUGGUGAGGGUGGAAAGAGUAUUCAUGAACUUGAGAAGAUUCGAAAGCAGGUGGAGCAAGAAAAGUCAGAGAUUCAGACAGCUCUGGAGGAAGCUGAGGCCUCACUGGAGCACGAGGAAGGGAAAAUUCUCAGAGUCCAGCUUGAACUGAACCAAAUAAAGGCUGACUUUGAGCGUAAGCUGUCUGAGAAAGAUGAAGAAAUGGAGCAAGCUAAGAGAAACCAGCAGAGAAUUGUGGACACUCUUCAGAGCUCUCUUGAGGCUGAAACUCGCAGCAGGAAUGAAGCUCUCCGUUUGAAAAAGAAGAUGGAGGGAGACCUCAACGAGAUGGAGAUCCAGCUUAGCCAAGCCAACAGGCAGGCAGCCGAGGCUCAGAAACAACUCAAGGCUGUUCAUGCACAUCUUAAGGAUGCUCAGCUCCAGCUUGAUGAAGCUCUGCGAGCCAAUGAUGAUAUGAAGGAAAACAAUGCUAUUAUUGAGAGACGCAACAACCUGCUUCAGGCUGAGGUAGAGGAACUCAGAGGUGCAUUAGAGCAAACUGAACGAAGCCGUAAACUUGCUGAGCAAGAGCUGCUGGAUGUUAGCGAGAGGGUGCAGCUGCUGCACUCACAGAACACCAGCUUGCUAAACCAGAAGAAGAAGCUGGAGGGUGAUUUAUCUCAGCUUCAAACUGAGGUGGAGGAGGCAGUGCAGGAGUGCAGAAAUGCUGAAGAGAAGGCCAAGAAGGCCAUCACUGAUGCUGCCAUGAUGGCAGAGGAGCUGAAGAAAGAGCAGGACACCAGCGCUCACCUGGAGCGUAUGAAGAAGAACAUGGAGCAAACCAUCAAAGACCUGCAGCACCGUCUGGAUGAAGCUGAGCAGAUCGCCAUGAAGGGAGGCAAGAAGCAGGUGCAGAAGCUCGAGGCCAGGAUAAGGGAACUGGAAAAUGAGGUGGAGGCUGAACAAAAAAAAUCCAGUGACUCUGUCAAGGGAAUACGAAAAUAUGAGAGGCGCAUCAAAGAGCUGACCUACCAGACUGAAGAGGAUCGUAAAAAUCUUGCCCGUCUACAAGAUCUGGUGGACAAGCUGCAGCUAAAGGUCAAAUCCUACAAGAAAUCUGCAGAAGAGGCUGAGGAGCAAGCCAACAAUAAUCUCACCAAAUUCCGCAAGAUUCAACAUGAGCUUGACGAAGCUGAAGAGAGAGCUGACAUUGCUGAGUCUCAGGUCAACAAGCUACGUGCCAAAAGCCGUGAUGUUGGGUCAAAGAAAGCACAUGAUGAAGAGUGAAGCACACGGAAUGAGCCACUGUUUCUGAGGCACCUGAUGUCUUUGCCUGGUGUCUCCUUAUGCAUGUAGGUUGUUUAGCACUUUGUAGAAUAAAAUGAAU